GAGGGAGUGGGUCCUCUUGCCGCACCCGGGAGAGGAGGCAGAGCUGGGACACAGGUUUGGGGUGGGGGAGAGGGUCUGGGUUCUUGGGUCACUUGGAGGGGGGAAGGCAAAACGUCUGGGUUCAUUUCCAGCAUCUUUGCUGAAUCACUGUCAUUCUGGGAGAGUUCUUCCACCAUGAGCUCGCUGGCUCCUCUGUGAUGGAAACCGGCACUUCCCACUUCUGCUGCAGGCCUGGGCCCCUCUCUGGCCUGAGCUCGCAAGAAGGAUUUCUGCUGUUCUGUCUUGCUGUUGCUCCUUAGUCCAUGCAUGUGCUGAGGCCCAUUGGUGUGUGCAGGGAGGCUCAGUGUUUCUGAUGCCUGCCUUCCUCCAGAACUGUUUGGAGACACGUUUCCACACGCAGACAACUGCCAGUUAGUGCACAGAAGCAUACAGAAGCAAAAUACACGAGUAAAAACCAACUGUUUUUACAGGUGCUGAAAGCCUGGGUGCCUUGGGUUGCUUCAGAAGCCAAGGGCCAGCAAGACCAGGCUAGAUAUAAGCAUCUUCCUUUGGCUCUUGUGAGAGGAGGGUCAAAGUGAUAUUGUGAUGUGGGCUCUUCAGACAAGUAGCAAUUAAAAUAAAAGUUUGGAACCUGGACUUAAACCAGGAUGUCGUAGAGCUCCUCAGGGGAGGGAAGGAAACUUCAGGAGCUUGGAAAUUAUAGUGAAGCAAUUAGACAUAAAGGAAUGAAAAUGCUGAGUGGCUGGUGUGAGCGUUUUUCCCUCCUGCCUGAGGUGAAGACUAAGUAUUAGUGAAAAGCAAGAACUAAGUUAUUUUUUUAAUAAACUGUAUUAGUCAUUGUAAAUCUGACCUGUGUAGAAGGUGAUGGAUGCUUUCUUUAGUGAAGCUGAGCUGCUGAAUUACCAGAAGAUUCAGUAACAGUUGUUUUAAGAGCUUGCCUCCUCCUUGCUCCCUUGGUUAGGGUAGCACGAUGCUGGAGCCUCGUGGGUUUGCUCUGCAGACUGUCAUCUCACUGUACAGUUUGGUGGAGUGCAGCCAUCACUGAUGCUAGCUUAGUUCUUGUCAGUUCAGGUGAGUCGCCGAUAAUGACUUACAACAAAAACUUGCCUCUCAAAUGUUAUGGCUGUCUGGGGAACAGAGAGGUUGUCCAUGUGUGGCAUAACUGCGCUGAGGGCAGGAGGUUCUUUUGGUCGUCUUUGGAGAUUUAAAUCUGAGAGGCAGGGAGCUUGCUGUAUCUGGAGUGCUAGCUUUGCUCUUUUAUAAUUUUUAAGUUGCCAUUGGUAGAAUUCCUGUCAACUCUAUAUUCACCUAGAAAUCUAAGGUUGUGUGAAGUUUAAACAGCUUGUGUUGCAAUAGUGAUACCAAACUGUCCGUUAAAGACUAGUGCCACAAGUAAGUCUGUUCGUUCUUUUGUUGGAAGAACUACAUGAAAAACAUUCAGAGCAAAUCAAGCGGUGUGUGCCUCUCGACUUUUAACUGUUAGGUGUAUUUCUGCUCCUCCUUUAAGUAACUGCAUAUGACACAAACACUGUGAUUUUCUCCAGGUGCAGCGUGUAGCCCGUGGCCUUGACCAAACGCAGCGCACAUGGUCCCAGCAGUGCAAGCACUUGGCAGUGCUGCUGGCAUCCCCCCUGGGCCUGUCCUGAGCCCACCUGUGUGUAUGUGUGUGUCUUUGCAGAUGUUCAGCUGACUCUCAUUUGCUUUCUCUGAAUUUCAGCUUGCAAAAUGGUUGCACAUUAGCAGCUCCGUUCUGGUAGAAGCCCUGCUGAAGCUAAUGGGACUACCUGUUCCAGUAGUGCUGCUGGCAAAUAGCCUUGUAAUCCUCUGAGUCAUAAUACAUGAAAUAAGAGUGAUCAUUUUAUAAAUGCAGGGAGAUAAUAAGAGGUGAAUUACGUAUCCUUUCAGCAGCCUUCUGUUAAACUUGGAAUACCACAGUUCAAGUAAUUGAACAGAUGGAUAAUGGAGACUGGGGAUAUAUGAUGACUGAUCCAGUCACGCUAAAUGUGGGUGGACACAUGUAUACGACAUCCCUCACAACUCUAACGAGAUAUCCUGACUCAAUGCUUGGGGCCAUGUUCAGGGGAGACUUCCCCACUGCCAGGGACUCUCAGGGCAAUUACUUUAUUGACAGAGAUGGACCACUUUUCCGUUAUGUUCUUAACUUUUUAAGGACCUCAGAGCUCACUUUGCCACUGGACUUCAAAGAGUUCGACCUACUUCGGAAAGAAGCGGACUUCUAUCAGAUUGAACCGCUAAUUCAGUGUCUCAAUGACCCCAAGCCGCUGUAUCCCGUGGAUACCUUUGAGGAGGUGGUGGAGCUGUCCAGCACCCGGAAGCUGUCCAAGUACUCCAACCCGGUGGCCGUGAUCAUCACGCAGCUCACCAUCACCACGAAAGUCCAUUCGUUGCUGGAAGGCAUUUCGAACCACUUCACGAAGUGGAACAAGCAUAUGAUGGACACCAGGGACUGCCAGGUUUCCUUCACUUUUGGGCCGUGCGAUUACCACCAGGAAGUGUCGCUCAGAGUCCAUCUGAUGGAGUACAUCACAAAGCAAGGCUUCACGAUCAGGAAUACCAGAGUUCAUCAUAUGAGCGAGCGUGCCAAUGAAAACACAGUGGAGCAUAACUGGACUUUCUGUAGACUGGCACGGAAAACAGAUGACUGAUUCUGACUCCACAGGAGCCACUUCAGUGAUUAGCAACUUAAUUGGACAGUAAACCCGAGAGAGUCUGGAUUUUGACUAAAGCAACAAUGUGGGCUUUUUUUUUUUUUUUUAAUACGACUAUUUAUUGUUUAUCAAUAAGGACUGGAGGAGUUUCGUUCUCUAGCAGCUCUGUCCGUUUGUCCUGUUCAGAAAAAAAAUAUGCAUGUGCCUGUUCAGUCAAGACACCUUUUUGUUUGAAAGAGGGAGUCUGAAGAAUUAGUACAAUAGAGUAUUUUGUGUCAUUAACACAAUUCUCUGAUGCAACUUAAAGUGCUAAAAUUACCUCCGUUUAAACGGUUUCUAAUCCAUCUAAUGCUACAACACUGGGAGCGAGAAACAAACAGAAUUUAGGAUGCAGUUGGGGAAAAGCUGCUAUCAUGUAGACUAAUUCAGUUUCUAAAUCAAUAAACAGUAUUGUAAUAUUCUAGGAAAACAAAUCCCACCCUUUAAAAGUACUUGAUAAGUACAGUUUCUUACAGUUAUGACAACUGUUUCUUUCUAUGCAUAUAAAUCAAGCAACCAAAUAUUAUCUGUAGCCAUGGAAAUAAGAUUAG